AUAGCCACUGUUCGUGUCGCACAAACCCUGAUUGGACGACCUUCUCACACGCAUUUAGCCUGAUGAUGGUUAAAUAUGCCCCCAGAGAGCAAAUGUUUGUAUUCUGAAUUGCUUCUUGAGAAGUAGCUUACCUAAGAGAACCAACUGCCACAGUAUGACACUGUUAAUCGGAGGACUCGUCUGUUGCAUGUCGUUGCUCGCUAUGGAGGUCCAAGGAACAUACCGACUUCAUGGAGGAUGCCAUCUUCGGCAGCAUCACGCAGACAGCCCUAUCAUGCCACCGCAAACAUUUCAGCGGAGCAUUCAACAGCAACAACCGUUUCAGAGUGCUCCACAAGGACAGCAACAAAUUGGAAAUGUUCAGCAACCAGCUCAGUUGUCUAAGAAUCAAAAAACGAUUGAUUUGGGAGUACAUGACAAUAAUUACAGGUUUAAUAGCUAUCACCAGCCAACCGGGAAAUGGCCAGUCAUGUACCUCCGGCCCACAGCACCACCCCCUCCACUUGAACAGCCGGUCAGUACCCCAAGCGGCACCACCACUCCCAUCAUCAGUGCUGACACAGGAACCCACUGCAAAAGCCGGCCCCUCGACCUGGUGUUCAUUAUCGACAGUUCGCGUAGUGUGCGCCCCACAGAAUUUGAGAAGGUCAAAAUCUUCCUGGCUGACAUGGUCGACACCCUCGAUGUUGGCUCGGAUGCCACGCGGGUGGCCGUCGUGAACUACGCUAGCACGGUGAAGAUCGAGUUCCUUCUCAAGACGCACUUCGACAAGGCAGGCCUGAAGGCAGCGCUGGCCCGCAUCAAAUCUCUAGCUGCUGGUACAAUGACUGGCCUGGCUAUCAAGACGGCUAUGGAGGAGACCUUCACUGAGGAGUCAGGCUCCCGGCUAGCUAACAAGAACAUUGCCAAGGUGGCCAUCAUCGUAACCGAUGGACGUCCCCAGGACACGGUGGAGGAGGUGGCCGCGGCAGCGAGGGUGGCAGGCAUCGAGAUCUACGCAGUGGGCGUGGACAGGGCGGACAUGAAGUCCCUGCGUCUCAUGGCCAGUCUGCCCCUGGAUGAACACGUGUUCUACGUGGAGACCUACGGCGUCAUUGAGAAGCUCACGUCCAAGUUCAGGGAAACCCUGUGUGGACAAUGACCCAACACACCUUCAGGCUGUGUAAGGGCUAUUUUACCAAGAAGGAGAGUGACGGAGUGCUGCAUCAGAUGACCUGGCCUCCACAAUCCUCCGACCUCAACCAAUUUCAGAUGGUUGGGCUGACACAGAGUGAAGGAAAAGCAGCCAACAAGUGCUCACUCCUACUCUAUGCUUUAUUAUUAUUUACCUGAGCAUGACCUCAAAACUAAGGACUUAUUAGACAGUCCUACUCUGUUGUUUGUGAUUUUGUUGUCAUGGACGACUGAUUGGGCUCAUGGAAUGGCAUGCUUUGAGCACUACUGAAAAGUGCUUUUACAUGUGAAAUAUUAAUGCCAUGUGCUGCAUUUGCUGUAGGCCUAUUGUUUUCUUUUUUUGUUGGUGUUCUUUGAUAUCUUGAUCAUAUACAGCUGUUUAAAAGGGCAAAUCCACAAAUGGAAACAAUAACAAAACUGUCGCCCCGCCUAUGUUUUGGUAAAAAGCUGAGGGAUGGGCCUGGAGAAAUGUAACCGCUCUCAGAUUAAUAGACAGAGCUAUGGAUGCAAGGACUGACCAUCCAUGAUAUCACAAUUAUUGUUUUGACCAUGUUAUGAAGCUAUACAGUGUUUGUUUAUAUUUACAAUGUUUACAAAUAUUGGUGAAAAACUAACUUAUAUUUUGGGUUGAAGUUGAACAAAGCUCAUAAGGCAUUUACAAGUUAUAUUCUUCUAUAUAUAUAUAUAUAUCCCUUGAUUCUUGAAGAAUAUAAUGUAUAAAUCAACUGACACACUCCAUGAGAACCAUAUAUAUAUAAUUUAUACAUCCAAAAAUUGAUGUAACAAUUACAGAUAGACUUAAAUUGGCAAUCAAAAGUGUGCAAAUUUGAGCAUGUGUCCAUUAGGCCUAUGGAUUUUUUUUUAUCAACCUGAAUUAGAUUGAGCAAUAAAAGCCACACUUAUUUCCCACAGGUUUGGAUACACACUACGCAUUUUUCAUUGGCUGUCCACUGGUUUCAAAAACAAUGAUUGAUAGACAGCUUAAACUUCUUGAAUUCAACCAUUAUUGGGUUCAAAUACACAUUUAGAUUUGUGAACAGCCAUCCACAACAAUCACAAUCCGUAAGGCGCAAAUAGCAAAAUGAGAGAGCAGAAGUGUGAAUCACAUCGAUGCACUAUGUACAUAUCAAUGAUAAGUGAUAUCCUUAUCGCCAUAGACUACACCACUACUGUCAUCCUUACCUCCAAGCGUUUAUUCAAGUUGGGUAAUCUUUGGAUGUCGACAGCAGUCGUAUCAUUUUUUCGCAAACAUCCUUUAAGAAUUUAAAAGUAACCCUUGAAGUAAUCAUCUCGUUUUUCAAAAGUAUCUGUUGUCUGAUUACAAUAUUUUUUGCUGGUAACGUAAUGGAUUACAGUUACCGGUUUUUGUAAUCCAUUACAUGUAAUCCAUUACUCCCCAACCCUUUAUCUACCCUACCUCAGUUUUGGGUUUGUCUAAGUGACCCUUGUCCGGUCUUCCUAUCUUUCCACAGGUGUGGAGAUAUACACAGUCGGUGAGGUUAAAACAGAGGACAUAGAGCUCCAGGAGAUAGCCUCUGUGCCCCACAGCCAGCAUUACUUUCACUUGGCCAACUUUAGCACCAUCGACUCCAUAGCUCACACCUUAAAGGGCAAGUUGUGUCAAAGUAAGGAAGAAGGAAAUGGAUGAGCAUAGGGAGGUACAGCAUGAGCUUGCUGCUUGCGGAACAGGAUUUAGACACAGAAAAAGGACACAAAGGAGCUCGGCCAUAUGACUUGCUUUUGGCCUCAUGCGUUUGUUGAACCGAUGCCUGGUUAUCUCAAAUUGCAUUCCUUCACCUAUGGUUUGCUUCAAAUCUUCGGGAGACCUUGAAAAUCGAAGUGUAUGAACUAUUAGAUGAUGGGUGUAGAAAGUUCAGGGAGUGUUUUAAUAAAUAAAAGAAACAAUGACCACGAAACACAAACAACGCACUGACAUGAAAACAGAGUCAAUAACACCUGAGGAAAGAAUCAAGGGGUGUGACAGAUAUAGGGAAGAUAAUCACGGAGGUGAUGGAGUCCAGGUGAGUGUCAUGAGGCACAGGUGUGCGAGACGAUGGUGGCAGGUGUGCGGCAUAAUCAGCAACCUGAUGACCUAGAGGCUGGAGAGGGAGUAUAUGUGACAAUGGGUUUGUGUUAUGAUGAACAAGUGCUUGAAUGAAUGGCUGGCCCACCGCCUUGGUUAAAGCCUUAAAGUGAUUGUUAACCUUUUGCAAAACCCAAUUGAUUUACCACUGACUUCCCCUCAAAAAGCACUUGACACCACUUGACUGUAUGCAAUGUCUGUAUUUGUAGUAUUGACUUUACAUUAAGUCAACUAGUUGUCACACUUUUCAUUAAGUUGCUCCAAAACCACGUAGUAAAAGGCAAUUAUAAUAUUUGGUAGCAAUUUGUAACUCCACAAUUUGUUUCCUUGUAACCAAUAUGGAAAAGGGUUUUAAUAGAUUCCUAGGUGUGGAUGCAGUGUCACGUUAUUACACUUUACUGUGUAAUACUGAGUAGCCUAUCAACUUGUUAGAUAUAACUUGUUUAAAAUGGGAACUGGAGUUACUUAAUGUACAUUUCUAUAUAGAAAUGUACAAUUUAUUCAUGAUUCACUUUUGCCACUGAUGUCUC